CACAAUAUAUAGGAAAAAUAUCUGUCUGACUUUAACGCUCACCAACCCAAGAUAACUUGAUCGUCCCAGGGAGACAUGCCGUCAGUGAUGGAGUGGUCGGGGUCUGGUGUGCUGUCCCGCAGUAGAGCCAAAACGGUCACCAAUGGCAACCGCCAGCAUUCAGAGGAGGAGAGCAGUGAGGAUGAGCACUCUCACGACAGCAUGAUUCGGGUUGGAGGGGAAUACCAGGCCCAGAUCCCAGAGUUCAAGCCUGACAGCCCAGCACGCUACAGUGAAAAGGACCACAAGGGCAUGCUUGUCUGGUCUCCCAACAUCCUUGUAUCUGAUGCCAAGCUGGAUGAAUACAUUCUGAUGGCAAAGGAGAAGCAUGGCUAUAACAUGGAACAGGCUCUGGGCAUGCUCCUGUGGCACAAGCACGAUGUGGAGAAGGCACUGGCUGACCUGGCCAACUUCACACCCUUCCCUGAAGACUGGAGUGUGGAGGACAAGGUGCUGUUUGAGCAGGCCUUCAGCUUCCACGGCAAAAGCUUCCACCGCAUCCAGCAGAUGCUGCCUGACAAACCGAUCUCCAGCCUGGUAAAGUACUACUACUCCUGGAAGAAGACGCGCACACGCACCAGUGUGAUGGACAGGCAGGCCCGACACCUGCUCAGCAAGAGAGAGAGAGACGACAGCAAUGAUGAGAUGGAAGAAGGGGACGUGGGCAGCGACAGUGACUUUGAGAUCGAUGCCAAGAAAGAGGUUCCAAAGCAGAGCGUGAGUGUGGGAGGCCCGGAGGAAAGAGGAUGUUCAGCAAGGUCCGGUCCUGUCCGUAAGGACAACCAGGGUGCACAAUAUCGGCACCACCCCUUGCGAGCUCGCCAUCACCCCCCAAAGGGCAUGCACCUCCACCAGGAGGACAUCGCUGCCCUGUCUGCCUCCCCUGACACUGGUGCCCUCUCCAUACGACAGCUGGACAUCCAGCUGGUGUCACUCAAGAGACAGGUGCAGAGUGUGAAGCAGGUGAACAGCAGUUUGAAGAACAGCUUGGAGGAAGGAAUCGAAGGGAUGCGCCCCACUGAGCCAACCCCCAAGAUCAACUCUCGCUGGACCACAGAGGAGCAGCUCCUGGCUGUGCAGGCCAUCAGGCGGUAUGGCAGGGACCUGGCGGCCAUUGCUGAGGUGAUUGGGAACAAGACGGUUACCCAGGUCAGCACCUUCUUCAUCAGUUACCGCCGCCGCUUCAACCUGGAGGAGGUGCUCCGCGAGUGGCAGGCGGAACAUGAAGUGCUUCAGGGGCAUGUUGGGACCUCGGAGGACAUGAUACACCUGGCUGGGACAGGGGGAGAGACAACCAUGGGCAUGGAGGAGGAUGAGGUGCCUAACACAGGAGUGCCCUCCCAAAGUGGGACGCCCCGUCCAAACAGUGCUGGCACCAUCAGCAGUACCGCUGCCAGCCAGGUCCCUCCCCUGCUGUCCCAGCCACCCCCACUCCUGCGCCCGACCCCACCCCUGGCCCCCCCAAGCCUGCUCCGCCAGCCCCCGCCACUGCAGACCCGCCCCUUGCAAACACACACCCCCCACAACCACCCCCCUCCACCACUCAUCCGCCCCAUGGUCACCUCCUCCCUGCACCAGGGGGCGCUCCGGAAUUCCAUCCCCUUGUCUGCGUCAAGCCAGCUGCCGCCAUCUCUGGUGGGCCUGAAAGUGGAGGCCCCCCACUCUCACUGAGGUGACGCGCUGCUAGAGAACAGGGACCUCAUGGCGGGAGCCUGCUUUCCUCAUUGCCUGCAGACAACCCAACCAGCAUCAUCACCUUCCGCUCCUACUCAAGCCGUCCAAGACAAGAGGUUCAGCCGCCAAAGGUGCUCCGAGGGCUGACAGCACAUGGGCGUGCUCUGCCAAUGCCUCCAUGGCAACUGUGGCUAUACUCAUCGCAGCCACCUUUGAGACCCUUCUCCUCACCCCCUCCCAUUCUCAUCCCUUGCCAUCAAAAAAAUAAAUCAGGAGAAUACAGUGGAUGUCAUGACAAGACUUCUGCUGUCCCCUGCUUGUCUCCAUGGCAAUGUAAGAACCAUUCCAACUGUGGAAUACAGAUAGAGGCUGGUCUCCUUAGAGGCAGGAGCUUCAUUGCUCUUUCACCUGACCCAGAGUGACGGGAAUCCCAGUGUUUCCCCAUGAGACAGAGCACUUUCAAGCUCACUGCAGGAUAUCAAGAAACUUUAGGCUUUAGAUGCCUUUAGGUAGGGGUAGGACAGUGGUAUAGAAGAAGCAAGCAUAGGCACUAGACAGAAAAUACUUGAAAACACUGACAUCAACCAAACACUAAGCAUAAAACAACACUUGAAAGAGUAAACAGGAGUUUUUUUUCCCUUUUCUCUCUGUGUGUGAUGUGACAAA